UCAGAAGAAGGCAGAGGAGUGCAAACAACCAGUUUGGGAGCAUGGAGCUGAUGCCAUUGAAGCUAAUAAGCCAAGGCUAACCCAAAGCCUGAUUUUGUUUCUCAAAGAUGGAGCAUUUCUAAGAGGCAAAGCAAAUGUUAAAACGUUUUAUGAAACAAAGCCACUCAAAUGGAAAGAAAAUGGUCUCCACCUGGUUCAAGCCAACCAUUUUCAAGAAGACCACAAUCUACGACAAGUAAAAUAUCUCCAGGAUUCAGGUAUAUCCUUCCUUCUGUGUUUAGGCAACGAAGCAGUCCAGCAUCAUCUUAUUACAGCUUAUCAAAGGUUGGGCUACUUGCUAACGUUAAGUACAGAAAGAAAUGCAUAUUACAAGAUGCAUGUUGACGCAGCUAAAGCUCGCCAGUCUUCAGAACAUUUACGCACCAUUGUGGGAAACAAGGGCGAUCCCAAGUCUAAUACUAUGGACUCCUUACAACAGCGUAACAGCAAACCAGUUAAUGAAGCACCUGAGUUUGAUUGCUUUCCAGAAUUUACAGCUGCGGCAAACAGCGAGGGUCUGACUGUUAGACAGAAAUCAGCUGAGUAUUUGAUGGAACGUUGUCAAUCCGCCGCUUCUGAGUUUUGGCUGCUGACUUAUGUAUUUCGCCCAACCAAGGGGAUCUUGUUUGUUUAUGUUGCAGAUAGCAAAGAUGUCUUUCUUCUUGCUUCAUGUUUUAACGAUAAAGAAUAUGAGUUGUCCUGGCAACGUCGGCAAUGGCAGUGGUGUGCAAACAAUGUACCUAAGGUCCAAGAAAUUCGCGAACUUCCAGACAAAGAUAAACUCCACACAAAUGAAAAUGAAGAUUUAAAGCUACUAAACCCAGCCGCAGUCAGUGGUAACGUCUCAAUCAUCGAAUCAAUGUCAUCAUGUGGCAACAUGCCAUUCAUGGCUACAGCUUUGCACAACACGAUGGAGGGCGAUCCGAUGGGAGCAGAUCAAUCUUUGAAAAACGACUCUGGAGAGAACUUACUUCAUAGUGCUUCACAGAGUGGUAACGCGGUCAUCAUUGAGAGAGUGUUGUCACAUUAUCUUGAUAUCAAUUCAAAAGAUGGUGAUGGUGAAACCCCGUUGAUUAUCUCGGCUGAAAACGGCAAAGGGGAGGCCGUUAACUAUCCUUUAGACAGGGGAGCACAUCUGUCUUCGAAAGGCCUGUUUGGAAGGAACUUAUUGCACAUUGCUUCACAGGAAGGUAAUGUUGCCAUCAUGGAGACAUCGCUGUCACAUGGUAUUUAUAUUAAUUCAAGAGAUAGACUUGGUGAAACUCCGUUGAUGAUCGCGGCACGCUUUGGCAAAACCGAGGCGUUUAACUAUCCUUUAGACGUGAGAGCAGAUCCAUUCUUGAAAGACCCGUAUGGAAGGAGCUUACUGCCCUUUGCUUCAGAGAGUGGUAAAGAGGCCAUCAUCAAGACAGUGCUGUCACGUGGUCUUGAUAACAAUUCAAAAGAUGGGGAUGGCGAAACUCCAUUGGGGACUGCGGCUCGCUUUGGCAAAACUGAGGCCUUUGGCUAUCUUUUAAUCAGGGGAGCAAAUCUGUCUUCUAAAGGCCCGUAUCGAAAGGACUUACUGCACGUUACUUCAGAGAGUGGUAAAGAGGCCAUGAUCAAUAGAGAUGACGAAACUGGGUUGAUGAUCGCAGCUGAAAAAGGCAAAUGGGAGGCCGUUAACUAUCUUUUAGACAGGGAAGUAACAGCUCCAGCAGCUCCAGCAAACUCCAGAAAUCUGGGGGAAGUUUGUCGAUGGGCGAAAGAGAUGCCUAGUGUUCAUACACUAACAGGUGCAGUUACAACAACUGAUGAAGGGUCAAAAGAAAGUGAAGUUAAGGAAGAGUUUGUAUGCUUGCCAAAAAAUCUGAAAGGCUACGUCAUCGGCAAGGGUAGAAGUGUAUUAAAAAAAAUUCAGCAGGAAUCUGGAGUGGGAGUUGUGGCAAAGCCAAGGAACGAGGACGGGUUUACAGUCACUGGUAAUAGGGAACAAAUAGCAUGGGCGAAGAAACUUUUAUUACAAAAAGUGGAUGGAGGAAGAGUGACGCAUAAGGAAAGCCAGCUCAACAAAGACUUUAAUUUUAUACAUGGAUGGAAUCUCCCUGCAGAUUGUCAUCUCAAACUCGAGCAGAUUGCGAAAGAGCAUGGUACUGAUCUUCCAGAAUCUCCUGCGCUGUACCGAAUAAAACCAGCCAAGUCGCAUGAUGCACAGGAAUCUUGUUGUUUAAAUGAUGACCCAAGCCUUAUGUCGAAACUUGACACUUUGGAAGCCCAGCGUAAGAUGAAAAAAGAAUGGAAGACGAGAAACCAUGACAUGUUUAUCAUCCACCAACCUAUCGAAGAUGAAACUGGUGAUGGGGAAUACUCUAUCGAAGAGGCUUUCAGCAUGUCACGAGAGAAUCGUUGGAGAACCUCUUUUAAAGGAGGAGUUAACCUUAACGAGAAAAUCUUAAAAGAUCAUCUACAUGCCUUUGACAAAACACCUGCAGAAUACAGAGAGUAUUGGUCAAGAUACAACUUGACAUUUUAUGUGCCGAAUGGUCGGCAAAUAUUUUUACGGCUGUGGGCAACAAAGAAGAACCUUGGCAAAAGGUUGGAGGACAGCCUACUCCCCGCAUGUGACAUAAAGAACGCACUGGAGGAAAUACACUUUAAAAGUGUAUUUACACGGUCACGAUGCCGAGGGUGGCCAUCGCUACCAUCCAAAAGAUAUAUGCGAGCAAGCAUUUUGUUUCCUGGCUGCGACUUUGAUUGCAGGCUAACCAUCACUGGGCAUGAUGACAGUGCUUUUGAACCCGACCAUUGGCCCAGUGAAGAGACAAAACGGAACUACCUCACCUACCUGACUAGCGAGCUCACCGAAGUGACAUUUGCAGAUGAAGAUGACUUUGGACUUCGCCUUCCAGAAAGAAAUAUGCCUGAUGGAUUUGAGCUAUCCCAUAUGCAAUGCUGUGAAAGAUCUCUGUAUGGAUUCAUGCCGGGAUUUACAAUUGUGUUUUCCAAGGAAAUCUCACCGCACAUCAUAACGGCGAACUCUAGAGUUUCGACCGCCCUCUACUUACUCUGUGACGAAUGGGAGGAGUUACUCCAUAAAGGCGGAUGGGAACCGGAAGCCGUGGGGGAAAAACUUCCUGAUUUCCUCCGAUUACUGAAGAGAGUGCAAAGUUUGGUAGUUUGCGAAAUGGACCAGCCCGGUCUGUCACCAACAAUCCCUGCCGAAAUUCUUGCGCGAGGUCCCUCAGCUCUGGAGGCCCACAACAAGGCUCUUGCUGAUGGAAAAACGUUAGUCAAUAGGGUUCCAAUAAUGCUGAUAGGACAAGACAGAGCCGAAAAGACCAGUUUAAAGAUGUCGUUGAGAGGGAUAUGUUUCGACCCAGAGGAAGACAGUACCAUAGGCAUAGAUGUGGAUCCGUUGUAUUUCGAGGUGACCACCGAGACGUGGAAAACAGGGACGACGGAGAAAGGCCAAAUCUUGGUCGUAGAAAACCUAAAGAGGAAUGGUGAGAGCUUCUUGUUGGAAGAUAGUCGGGAAGAAAUAGAAAGUACCAUAGAUUUUGAAGUUACUGAAAUACUAAAGCAACCAGGUACGAACGAGACGCCAAAAGAUGUCAAGCACGUUGAAAUACCCAGCGAAACAAGAGAUACCGUCAGCGGAGAUGUCCACCAGGUACCACCCAGGCUAUCCGGAGAGAAUCCAGAAGUCUCUGAUCCUUUUGCUCCAUGCGUUCCAGAAGAUGUAGCAGUUGCAAAUGAGACGUUACUUCAAGGUGGCUGGAAGGAUGGUAGGGAACACAUUUAUUCAACUCUAUUGCUUUUUUGUGGACAGUCAGUUUAUUAUGUCAACCUCCCCCUCUCUCUGACACAGCGAGCAGGCUACUGUUUGGUUGAUUACCUUAGUCUAAAUCCUGAUGAUGUGGCCCUGCCCCUAGUGAAACAAGGGGACUACGAACCAUUCCCAGAAGACUUCAAUUUCAAGACACAUUUGGAUUAUCAUGUCUUCAGGAUGAGAUCUGUUGCUUCCCUGGCCAAUCUCGACGAGAACAGAGGCCUUAUCCCCAAAUCAGAGGGUCUCACAAAGAAGUUUCCUGCAGUUUUCCUGGACUGCACCCAUGCUGAUACUCCCUAUGGCAAAUGCGAUGCUCAAGAAUUAGCCUAUAAAGCGCUUGGUUAUCUACGAAAAGAACCAUCAUAUGGUGACCACCUCUUUGACGUGUUCGUUGUAGGGAACACAAAGUCAGGCGCCGUGUCAGAUUGUCAAGAAGUCGUGCGUUUGCAUCAGCAAGUUCUCGCUCGUGCUAAAACUCUACUUCACACAAUCGAAUCCAUUUCAAUUAAAAUUGAAAAGGUUCUUAGCACACUAAGAAGAGAAAAAGGGGACAAAUGGAUUUUCUUGGAGUCGGCAAAACAAAUUGCGUCAGAAGACUGCAACAUUGUUAACGACGGAGAGUUCGAAACACUGAUGAACUACUUGCAUGAUUUGCGAAGUCUGGUUCAUUUUUAUGACUCGCCAACGUUGAGCAAGUUAGUGGUCUUGGAUCCUCCGUGGUUAAUAGACUUGUUUAAGAAAGUAAUAACUGUACAGUUGACCUAUGAAUGCAAAGAAGAGAAAUUCUCACAACUAUGGGGCAAGCUUGAAGAAGAAGAAGGAAUUCUGGAUGAACAAAUUUUGACGCAUGUGUGGAAACCUUUGUUUGGAGACGGAGACAAGUACGAUAGUCUCGUUGAUAUCAUGGAGAAAUUCAGUUUGCUGUGUUGUUGGCCAUCAGGUACUUCUGCGAACAAGAGCUACCUUGUGCCAUCGAUGUUGACGUCACAUCCACCAGACGAGAUUGUUGAGCUUCUCGCGUCUGCAAAAAUACCGUCUCUAUUUCUUAAAUUCAAAAGUGGUCAUGUCCCUCCAGGUUUGUUUCCCCGCUUGGUCUUGAAGUUCUUUCAGUGUUGCGAGUUUUGGAAGCAAGCCAAACCUAAGUUCUUCCACAAUUUUGCCAGAUUCUUCACCUCUAACGAUGAAAACUGCUCAGUGAUCCUUCUCUGCCACUUCUCGUCCGUUGAGAUUGUUGUUCACAGGGCGAAUCCCACCCCGGCCUUGGCUGGUGAACAGUCGUCAGUGAUGGCCCUGUCAACAGAUUUUCCACACCACAAAGUAGCCAUUGAAGUCACUUGUGUCGGUGCCCUUCGUAGACGACUUGGCUCGAUGAUUGAGUGCAUGCGCAUUGACGUCAGCUGGCUAUGGGAUAUCGAAUAUGAAAUGGGUGACCUUUGCCCAGAGUGCUGUAACGGAGGUGCCGUCAACUACUGCCUUACUCAUAAGAAACAACGAUGCAAAGAAGAACAAUGCCUUCACUUCUUGUCUAUUUCCAAGUUAUUCAAUGACAAUGGAAGUACGGUUUGUGACAGGUCUGCUUUGGCACCAGACACUCAAGUUUCGGUUAUGCAGUUUUCACAUUGGUAUGAUCUUUCUGGACACCAGCUAGCAAUCGGCGAACGAGACAGACGAUCUUCUGGUGAAGGAAACGAAGAAAAAGCAAUUGCCUUGCCUGAUAUGGUCAGAAAAUCCCUUUUGUCACAAUCAUGUGAUUCCAAAGAAAUUGUGAACCAGUUCAAAGAGAGUCUGAAGUUGAGUCAAGCCUCGCUGGAAAUGCCAGACGAUGAGACCAAGAAGUGGAUCCGCUCUUUGGCAAGGGAGGCUAACGCAUCAGGUUCCCGGUUACUUGAAAACCUUGAUGUGAGAGCCAUUCCUAUCAAAAAGGGUAGACAGCUUACCAUGGCCUUGAGUGUGGGAGAUGAUUGGAAGUUAGUUGCUGAGGAAUUGGGUUUGAACCCCGCCGAGAUUCGUUUCCUUGACAACCGCAUCCUGAACCCAGCUGAAGCCACAUUGUCUUAUGUCGCACAUCAACGUUUGUUAACUGUAGGGGAUCUUUACGGUGUCCUCGCCGCUUGUCACUUCCCUUUGAUAGCCGAUGAUCUCUGAAAAGAAUGACCUUUUAGUAUUGCCAAGUUGUUUUUUGCAAGCAAGUACAGUCGAACCUCCGAUUGCGGACACCUCCCGUCAGCGAGUACCUUCCAUAAGUGGACACCAACAAACCACCAUCCCAUGCACGUGGACACCAAUGUUGGUCCCAAGGGUGUCCAUUUGCUAGAGGACCGAACAUAGAUGUCCGCUUACAGCAGGUUAUAAAUUUAGAGUUUCAGGGGAGAAAUCUCUCUUACUGCCUUACAACAGGAUUCAUAGUUUUUGAACCCAAGAAAGGAAGAGCUGUUUAUCCGCUAGAUUUCCAAUUCGUCAGUAUUAGAUAACGACUUGUCAUACUGGAGAGGAAUUUUUCAUUUUUAAAAUAGAGUUUCUAGAUAUCACGGUUAGAACUAUAGAAUAUUAUUGACAAGACACUCGUUGAUGUCCCUGAAGCACUUCAACUUCACCUGUCGUAAAAAAAUCUCUUUCAGUUAGUGAAUUUCUUCAGGUUUGAGUUGUAACGAGACAAAUUGCGCGUUAUAUAGUUCAAAUUGCAAAUUUCAGCUGGUAAAACUUUUUUCGGUAGAAACGUAUUUCAAAGAAAAGGUUUCAGUAGUUUUUCAAGUAGCUUUGGGUGAGUUUCAAAUUAGAGCUAAGGAUGAAGUAAAUGACGCAAAAAAGAGGAAAAAACGCUUAUCAGAACAUAAAUAUUUUGAAUUGCAAAAUUUGACAAAGUGGUUUUGUAACGAGCGUAAUUGUUUUGGUUACUGCGCACGUGCGCGUGACCAGUAUUUCAAUUACGCUGUGCAACUAACAAUAGGACAUUCGCAAACAAAUCCGGAACGUUACGUCAAUCUUCACACUCUCGCGCCGGUAGAGUGUUGUUGCUCGCAGGCCAAACAUUUUUACAAUGAACGACCAAGAUUUAACAUACGUCAUUGGUAACUGAACUUUGGAAAAUUAAAAAAAACAUAGCUUACAACAGCUUUCACAAGAUGUGUAAAAUGGAAGGUUGUGCUAUUCAAUUUCGCUAUCAAGCGGGUGAGAGUCGGCGAGAAUCAGGAAGCGUUCGUCACGUGCAUGGCCGGGAAUGGUGUCAUUCAAAUAGCGCUAAAACGAAUGGCGUCGUUUGCACAUGUCCGCAUUCAAUAACGAAUAUGUUUUUAGUAUUGGUUACUUAACUAUAAAGUCUUAAACUAGUGCUAAUAGAUUGCUAAGAGUUUAGUAAUAAAUGGGUCCAUGUUUUUAAAA